CCUCUUUUUGCAUGUAUAUCUCUUUUUAUUUAAGUGUACGAUAGCAGUUUGUACAACAGAGCUUGUUUCUUUCACUUGUUUUAUAUUCUAGUAUUGUUAUUUUUUUUUUUCAUCAUGUUAUGGUUUACUCGCAAAUUUACCUCGUUCUCCCACUUGGAUCGAUGUACAAACAAAAACAAACUUGACAAAGUGAUUGAGGAAGACAGGAAUAUCACUGCUCCUUCAUUUCGGAAGGAAUCUCACAAAGUAGUUUCGAAAUCCCGCACGCAAUCCACCUCUUAUCCAAUUAUCACUCCUUCACCGUCGUCUACUUCCUUUCCAUCUUUUGAAGCAUCAUACACAAUAGCCAUUGUAGGAGCACGAUUCACCGGGAAAACUACGUUCCUUCAAAAAUUCGCUUAUGUGCAAGAGAAUGAUAACACCUUUACUAUUGUCAUGGAUCAGACCCGAUAUAUUGUCAAAGAAUACGACGAGAACAUGAUCAUCGAUGCAAGCACUUGCUCUCCUGAAAAUUUAGAGGGCUUUGGCGCUGUCAUCGUUUGUUACGACACCACUGAUCGGAAUUCCAUUGAUUGCUUACCUGAUAUUCUCGACAUCUUUGUGUCCCGUGACAUUUCAUGUGUAUUGCUCGGCUUAAAAACUGAGUUGACCGCGUUCCGACAAGUGAAUAUGGACCUUGUAUACGAUCUUGCCAACGUCUUCGGUACUGAUGUGAUCGAAGAGGAUCAUCACGCCGUUUUUCAGCACAUUGCACGGUAUUUAAACGACUCAACGACAAGACGUGGGAUGGCGUGCAGUCAGCCAUCGGAACCUUGUUUAUCUUUUACUCCGUGUUUACAACUUGAUCAACAUGAAGAAUUGCAAAAUCUUGGUCCACCGCUUGACAAGUUGGCCACUAUUAAUUCUUGUACCACUUCGGAACAUUCAACCGAAUCCGAUGAUCAUCAUCGACACAGCUUUCUGUCCACGAGUUCCGUCGAUAAUAACACAGUAAACAACGAAAUGGGGCCGCCACUAGCUUAUUUUAACCGUCGACGAGGAUCCAAAGACAGCAGUUACUCUACGGGGACCGGGUUAACCGUGGAUGAUAUUAUCGACAAAGUGCUCUCGGCGGGCUUGUGGAAGAGCGGGGACGAAAAUAUAGUUUCGAUUUUUAUUACAUUUUUCAGGAAAUUUAUGCGUCCAAGCGAGCUUGUGCAUGCAUUGAUAGAACGCUUCGAACAGGAUAUGACAAAAACUGUGCCCACACGUCAACAGGAACGAAUACGAUCGAUCUUUUGCUUGUGGCUGUCAAAGUAUUGGGGAGACUUUCACAGUUCGGAAACACGCCAAAGCAUGAUCCUCUUUUUGGAUAAAAUCUCCAAAAUAGAAGGUUCAAGGCCCAUUUGCGAUACGCUCGCACCGUUAGCCGUGCGUGAACCGCCGCUGCAUGAUCCGGAUGCUUCAUGGGGACUCACAGACAUUAACAGUCCUCAAUCACACAAACACAACGAGAAGAAGGACAGCGGAUACUCCGAAGGCAUUGAUCUGGCCGAGAUUGUCAUGCCAAAGAACUGCACGGAGGAAACUCCGGGUACCAAGACGGUGCAUGAUGGUAGUCCGGAUGCGGUGUUUGCAGGCGGCGUCAUCAAUAUACCUUUGGAAGCGCAUUCACCCAAUCAAGGAUUCAUCAGCGCUUUUAUCAGCAGUCGCUCGGAAAAGGAUUUGACAGCCUACAAGUAUUUAACUUUCAUGGAAAUCCCGGCUCAAGUCAUGGCCGAACAGUUGACUUGGGUCGAAGCGGAGCUCUUUCGGAGAAUCAAGCCUCGAGACUUUGUACGGCACAUUUGGUCAAGUUCCGAUAUAGGGUUACAGAAAAACACGGAUCGAUCUACAAUGGGAAAUCCCGUGUUGGCAUCGAUCGCUCACUUCAAUUUCAUAUCAGCUUGGGUGGCGGCCAUGAUCGUCGCACAACACAAAUUAGCCCGAAGAGCUGCCGUAUUUGAACGAUUUCUGUGUAUUGCUGUGCAAUUGCGAAAUCACAACAAUUACAAUACAUUGAUGGCUUUAUUAGCCGGCAUUAAUAGUGCGGCGAUUCUAAGGUUAAAACAAACACGUGGAGCGGUCUCAGUCAAGAAAAUCUAUAAGCAACUGCAAAGUCUCGAGUGCCUGAUGAGUUCCAACAGGUCGUUCAGUUCCUAUCGAUUAGCUUUAAAAGCCUCUGAAACUCCUGGGAUUCCAUAUCUUGGAAUUCACAAUCAAGACUUGGUGUCCUUAUCGGAAGCCAACAAGGACUUCAAGAAUGACGGCACGAUUCACUGGGAAAAGUUUCGGCUUAUGGGAGAAACAAUCAUGGGGGUCUUGAGAUUUCAAUAUCCCAAUUAUACGAUCCAGCCGAAUCAUGCGGUGUUACGAUUUGUUGCUGACUGUGAAAUCAUGACGGAAGAUGAACGAUACCAACGAUCUAUCAUGGUGGAACCGCGUCUAAAAGCUUCCAGCAGUACCAGUCGUUUGCGUGAUUUAUGGAUGAGAGUUUAAUAACAAAU